AUGUUCUCUCUCGUCCUUGGCGCCGCUCUCCUCGCCGCUCUGUCUGCCGUACAGGCCAGGCCCGGCUUGAAGGCGAGGCAGUCCAUCACCGCCCUCACGCAGGCGCAGAUCACGGCGUUCACACCGUAUACUUGGUACGCGAGCACGGGCUACUGCAAUGCGUCGCAGACGUUGGUUUGGGACUGCGGGACGAACUGCGAGGCAAACCCCGACUUCGAGCCAGUAGCUUCGGGAGGCGAUGGCGACAGCACGCAGUAUUGGUUUGUUGGGUAUGACCCGAGUCUGGAUACGGUAAUUGUGUCUCACCAGGGCACGGAUCCCGACGAGAUCCUGCCUCUCGUGACAGAUGGCGACAUCGUGCUGGUCAACCCAGACUCAUCACUUUUCCCCGGGCUGAGUUCGGAUAUUGAGGUCGAUCAAGGCUUUGCAGACGCACAAGCCAAGACCGCAACGGACAUUCUCUCGGCCGUGCAGAAGACUCUGUCGACAUAUGGGACAAAUCAAAUAACGAUUGUUGGUCAUUCACUCGGAGCCGCAAUAUCGCUGCUCGACUCGGUCUAUUUGCCACUGCACAUCCCAGAUGCCUCUUAUGCAUACUACGGCUACGGGCUGCCUCGGGUGGGAAACCAAGCCUUCGCGAAUUACGUUGAUGCCUCAUCGGUCGUGGUGACGCACAUCAACAAUGAGGAGGACCCGAUCCCGAUCUGUCCGGGCAUGUUCCUCGGGUUCGUGCAUCCGUCGGGCGAGGUGCACAUCGAGGACUCGGGCGAGUGGGCGGCGUGUCCUGGCCAGGACAACCCGAGCACGCAGUGCAUCGUCGGGGACGUGCCAGAGGUGUAUGAUGGGGACUUGUCGGAUCAUGAUGGACUGUAUAAUGGCAUUACGAUGGGGUGUUGA